UCCAGCCCAUAAGAAGUACUUUGUUAUCCAGAAGAAGACACUACCCUUCUUGUGGAGACUCUUUAGGGAAGAAGACUGAGUAGAGUGUGCAUGCUGAUCAACACCACUGGAAUGGGGACACAAAGGGUUGUGAGUUUGUUGGCUUGUUCUGAAAGUGGAAGAUGUAGUGCAGUCCUCAGAGGUGUGAUAGCUGUGCUGGCUAUUAUCACAGUACUCAACAUAGGUGGAACCUUAUUCAUCCUUCUGCAAUGGAAAGACCUUGCUUCUAGAGUCAAGGAGCUGGAAUCGUUUCAAAGGCCAUCCCAGGAGGACUUACUGACCUCUCACCUGAACCAGCUAGUGGCAGAGAUAAAGGAGAAAGAUUUAGAAGAAGCAAGGACACAGGUCUCCAGAAACAAAAGGAGCCAUCACCACAGGCAGCAAGAAUCCUACAUCCGAGCGGAGAAUGAAGACAUGUUUAUGAUGAUGACAUAUUCAAUGAUCCCGGUUCGUGUCAUGCUUGGUUUAUGCAACAGUACAAAAGGAAUCUGUCUAACAGGUCCGCCUGGGCCUCCGGGACUCCCUGGACUUGAUGGAAUGGAUGGGAUGCCAGGGUAUAAUGGUUCUGAGGGGACUCCUGGUCUUCCAGGACAAAAGGGAGAACCAGGUGCUCCUGGAAAAAGAGGAAAAAUUGGUGAAUCGGGAAUGAAAGGUGAACACGGUGAAAAAGGAGAGAAAGGAGAUCCCGGUGAAAUUGGUUCCCCAGGAAAGGAAGGCAUGCCAGGAAAAAGGGGUGAAAAGGGAGAGAAGGGAGACAUAGGUGACACAUCUAAUGACGUCCUUAUUGAAGGUCUGAAGGGAGAAAUGGGACCUCCAGGACCACCUGGCCCGCCUGGUCCUCCUGGCCCCAUGGGUCCUCCUGGGAGAAGGAAAGUGAAAGCUCAGGAGGCCGCACAGGAGUUCAGCACUAAAUGCACAGGUGAGAACUGUGCUGUUCCUAAUGAUGACACCAUGGCUGGUAAAUCUGCUGAGAAGAACAAUGGCAUUCCUUCAAAGAAAGAUGACUGCACCAUAAAGGCUAUAGAGAAUCCAACUCAAAUUGCAAAAGUAAAAGAAACCUUUGGAGCCUGGAUGACGGAUUUCUCAAACCAAACCAGCGAUGAUAGAAUUUGGAUUGUGUCACAUUUUUCAGGAAUAAUAGUAAAGGAAUAUGAAAACAUAACUGCCUUGCUGAGUGAUAACUAUAAGACCACAAAACUGCGCUGGUUCUACCAUGGAUGUGGCCAUCUUGUGUAUGACAAUUCACUGUAUUACCACAAGGGAGGAUCUAAUAAGAUUGUAAGGUAUGAACUUGACUCUGAAAACUUCCAGACUCUCAGCAUCGACAGUGCAUCCUAUCACAAUCGCAGCUACCUCUUCUCAAAUUCCAAAUCUUACUUUAAACUGGCAGCUGAUGAGAAAGACCUCUGGAUCAUUUACUCCUCUGACACUGAUAAAAGUAUCAUGGUUGCUCACUUGGAUGACAAGACCUUCUCAGUCAUCCAACAUAUCAACACGACAUACCCAAAAUCCAAAGCAGGCAAUGCAUUUAUUGCAUAUGGAAUCCUUUACGUUACAGACACUAAGGAUUUGAGGGUGACCUUUGCAUUUGAUCUCUUGAAACAGAAGCAGGUUGAUGCUAGCUUCGACCUUAGGUCAUCAACAUCAGUUCUCUCUAUGCUCUCUUACAACCCUAAAGAUCAGAAAUUAUAUGCAUGGGAAGAUGGAUAUCUGAUGUUGUAUCCCGUGCGCUUUGUAUCUAGCGUUUAGUAGAGACAUAAAAGCAGCCGUAGUACCUCCAAAAUUAACAAAAUGUGAUCACAUGUCAUGUUUAAAGGGACAUUGCAUGGGCAAUAAAACCUGGUUUAUAAUUCUGAAAGUCAAAUUAUAAGUGUGCGUUUCAA